AUGCCUCCAGCAACAGGAAAGAAGGAGAAGAAUACAGGCACCCAGCCAGAAGAGCUGAAAAUUGUGGUGUUUGGAAGUGGAGGUGUUGGUAAAAGUGCUCUCAUUGUACAAUUGAUUCAAAAUGUAUUUGUGGAACAAUAUGAUCCUACUUUGGAAGAUUCAUACCGGAAAGAUACACACAUUGAUAAGAAACCUGUCAUUCUGGAUAUUCUCGAUACGGCUGGACAAGAAGAGUUUUGUACACUUCGUGAUCAAUAUAUUCGUCAAGGUGAAGGAUUUGUCAUUGUCUACAGUGUGACCAAUCGAAACUCAUUCGAAGAAGUUUAUGCAUUUCUCGAACAAAUUGCACAAGCCAAAGAAUUGGACUCUGCAGAAGAAUAUAAGAAUUUAGCAAAUGAAACUGCAGUAGUUUUGGUUGGAAACAAAUCAGAUCUCAAGAAUGAACGUGUCGUGUCAAGCGAUGAAGGAAGAGAAGUUGCUAAAAAGUUUGGAUCGAUUGCUUUUUAUGAAACAUCAGCAAAGACUAGAACCAAUGUUGAAGAAAGUUUUAUGGAUUGUGCUCAACAGAUUAUGAAUAAGGUGAAAAAGAAGAAGAAGGGAAAUUGUCAAGUAAUGUAA